AUGACGUCCGCUCCUGUCUCGCCUUCCAUUCCAAGAUCCAACUCGGCCUCACCUCCGCCGGCCACCAUUCCGGAUCGCCCUGCCUCUCCUGAGAUACCGCUCACAAUGUCAGCCUCUGCCAUUCUAACGGCUCAGCCGAGAGAUGUCGCGUCCGCUCUUGCAAGCGCAGGCGAGUAUCCUUCGGAGAAGGUCGUUGUCAAGUUCAAACCUGUUGGCAACGCUCCAGCUCUCUCCCGAGGGGUUGCAAAGAUAUCCUCCACUCAAACCUUCUCGACCGUUAUCUGGUACCUUCGGAAAAGGCUCAAGCUUCAAAACACAGACAACAUCUUUUGCUACGUGAACGAUUCUUUCGCACCCUCCCUCGACGAGAUCGUUGGCAACCUGCACAAUUGUUUUAAGGACUCAAGUGGUCAGCUAGUUAUUUCAUACGCUAUGAAUCCAGCCUUUGGCUGA